GCCGGCUGAAGGACAACAAGGACCAGCUGAAGGUAAGACACUGGACCCACUGGAUUCUACCUCAGCAGGUGUUCACAUCAGGUUAUGAGUCGGUCAGAAGGGAAGAAGUCCUGCUGAGAGAGAAUGAACAUCUGUAAUCGAGAGGGAGGUCGCUGUGCAGAGAUGGCGCUGGUGUGCCUGACGGACUUCGAGGAGUACGCCAAGGAGCAUCUCUCAAAGGCCACCUGGGAUUAUUACGCAGCCGGAGCGGACGAGUGCUGCACCAGAGACGACAACCUGCUGGCUUACAAGAGGAUCCGCCUGAGGCCUCGCGUCCUGCGCGACGUGUCGGUGAGCGACACGCGGACCACGGUGCAGGGGACGGAGAUCGGCUUCCCGGUCGGCAUCGCGCCCACCGCCUUCCACUGCCUGGCCUGGCACGAGGGGGAGGUGGCCACAGCGCGGGCCACAGAAGCGCUCAACACCUGCUACAUCACCAGCACCUACUCCACCUGCUCGGUGGAGGAGAUCGUGGCGGCGGCGCCGGGCGGCUACCGCUGGUUCCAGCUCUACGUGUACCGCGACCGCAAGCUGUCGGAGCAGAUCGUGCAGCGCGUGGAGGCGCUGGGCUACAAGGCCCUGGUGCUCACCGUGGACGUGCCCUACACCGGGAAGCGCCGCAACGACAUCCGCAACCAGUUCAAGCUGCCGCCGCACCUCAAGGUCAAGAACUUUGACGGAGUGUUCCAGCAGGAGACCGGGGCCCCGGAGGACUACGGGAUCCCGGCCAACACCUUGGACCCCUCCAUCAGCUGGAAGGACGUGUACUGGCUGCAGUCCAUCACCCGCCUGCCAAUCAUCAUCAAGGGGAUCCUCACCAAGGAGGACGCCGAGCUGGCCGUGGAGCACGGCGUCCAGGGCAUCAUCGUGUCCAACCACGGGGGGAGACAGCUGGACGGGGGCCCGGCUACGAUCGACGCCCUGUCGGAGAUCGUGGACACGGUGCAGGGCCGGAUCGAGAUCUACCUGGACGGAGGCAUCCGAACAGGAAGCGACGUGCUGAAAGCGCUGGCCUUGGGAGCCAAGUGUGUUUUCAUUGGCCGCCCGGCGGUGUGGGGCCUCGCAUACAAGGGGGAGGAAGGCGUGAGGGAAGUGCUGCAGAUCCUCAACGAUGAGUUCCGUCUGUCCAUGGCCUUAUCGGGCUGCAGGAACGUGGCCGAGAUCAACAGGAACCUCAUCCAGUUCUCUAGACUGUAACGGGCCAGCAGGGGGCAGCACUGAGAGGGGGGCCGCCAACACAAGAGAGUCCACUGUGACUAGAAAAGAUUGUUCACUCAUGAAACAUGCACAACACGACGAGAGGUUUAAUGAAUAAUAAAUAAAUAUAUGGGUGGUUUUCUUUUUGCUUUUGGAUCGCAGGGCAUGGAGGAACCUUUCCACCAAACUUUUGUUUUUUCUUGUAACUGAUGACGACGUUUGAGGUGCUUGUGGUUGAAUAAACGUCUGCUGAGG